AUGGACAACGAUUUAAAAGGGAAACGCCGUCGCGUUUCUGAUUUCCGUAACAUUUUAGAUGAGCAUAAUAGAUUGGACCCACAAGAUAAGAAUUAUUGGUCUCCGUCACCACCUUCUUCCUCUGAUGAAAGUAUGAGCUUUAAUUAUGACUCUAAUGAUUCCGAAACAGAUUCUGACGCCGAAAAUGACACGAAGUGUCCUGCUUUGAACAAUAAUAAUAAUACUAAACCAAAAACAAACUGGCCCGAUGUAAUUGUUAUCUCAGAAAGCGAGGCAGAUUCUUGUAGUUCAAGUACCAUUACAGAUGAUUCAUACAGCACGGUGACUGGUGAAAAUAACCAUAAUUCACGUGUAUUUGAUGAUUGGCAGUCUUGGAUACCAGAACUAUCAUCAAGUGAAGAUGAUACACCUGUGUCUAAUGCAAUAAAAAGACAAAAGAUUGGAAAUCGUUCAAUUACUUGUUUUAUUUGUGGUGGACCUGAAUUAUACUUAAAUUUUAUCUGCGUGUGUUUUGGCUGCAAUGUUGGUUAUCAUCAAUUGUGUCAUGACCCAAAAAUCAGUAAUAGUAUUGCGAAAAGUAUCAGUGGAAAGUGGUUUUGCACGAGAUGUCAGAAAUCCAAUAAUGAAUCAUCGAUUUUAUAUGGAAACCGAUCUGUCAAUAGUGCAAAGAUCGAUACAAAUUCAACUCUUAAUAAUGACAAGCUUAAGGAGGACGCUAUUGAAUUUGUUAACCGGCAAGCUUCCGGUUGCGAUGAAGGAACAACAAACAUUGAUGAUUCAAGCAAAAAAAGGAAGCAAGAUUUUUACCAAGAACAAUCAAACAAAUGUUUGGUAACUGUUAAAAAAGGAUCAUCAGAUAAUAUUGAUAGUUCAUUGCAAUCUAAAGCACCAUCUGGUCAAAGUCGGAAAAAAAAACGUAGAGGUUUAUUGCCAGUGAUAAUUCAACCGUUUGAAAGGAGACACAAUACAGCAUCUGAACUUCGAAAAUUAUUUGAAACAUGCCCUUUGUCUAUAGUGAACUUUGAUGAAAUUUUUAUUCCUGAGGAAUGGAGUAAUAUCGUAGAAAUACCCACUACUAGCGUAGAAUAUAUUCCACCGGGCGCAAAUCCUAUUACGAAUCCCGGCACAAAUCCUCCGACCCCUAUUCCAAAUCCCAUUACUAUCAAACAAAGUAUAUAUACUUCUAAGUCGUUGAGUGACUGUAGGGUACCCGGAAGAUUUUCAACCUUAGCUGGAAAGAAUAUUGUUCCAGCCAGGAAACAUGCUAGCUCACCUAAUAGAAAUCCUGCUACCCCAGCUCUAAAACGUGUUCACUCACCAUCAAAGAACGAGUAUACACCUACAAACAAGCGUGUUGUUACUUCUAAUAAUAAUAAUAAUAAUAAUGGCUCGCAUACUAAUCCAUCAAAGAACGAGUAUACGCCUACAAGCAAGCGUGUUGUUACUUCUAAUAAUAAUAAUAAUAAUAAUGGCUCACAUACUAAUAAAUGUAUUACUCCGAUCAAAGGAACUGAUUCACGAUCACAAAGAACAAUGGUUUCAAAGGAUAAAGGUUACUUGACACCAGGAAAGAGCAACACAAUGGGAAAUGGUGGAGAUGACUCAUCAAGUGAUGAUGGCUAUUCUCCUUCAAAGAGAGUUAUUACGACAAGUAAACCAGUUGGAUUAAUAGAUGCUGAUGAUGCAGAUUUUAACAUUAUGUCGUUAUUGCCGCCCAAUCUAAUUCCUUGCUUAAAUUUUGGAGAAUUAGCUUUUAGGGAAGGCACCAUGGAUCGAAAGAAAACUAUCAAACGCGGACGAAUCUUUCCUGUUAUAAAGUAA